AUGUUUGCCAAGACUUUCUUGUGGGCUGCAGUUGUUACUGCUAUGCCACUCGUUGAAAUGUCCCCACGAGAACUUCAUGAGCUUGAAGUUCACCAGCCAGUCUCGAUCAAGAGAAAUCCACCCCUCGAAGGCCGAGCCAACAGAAUCAUCCCCGUUGUCGUCGGCGGUGCUCAAGAUACCUUCGUUCCGAACAUGAUUCGAGCAGCAGCCGGGGAUGUGAUCCAGUUCCAAUUUAGUAAUGGAAAUCAUACUGUAACCCAAAGCUCUGAAGACUCCCCAUGCCAGCCACUCCAGGCUACACAGUCUGGAGUUAUCCACAGUGGCCAUAUUCCUUUCGAGGCUGGCCAGACAACCGUUGGGACGUUCAAUGUUCCUCUCAACAACACAGAGCCUAUCUACUUGUACUGCGCUACCGGGCCGCACUGUCAGAUCGGUCAGGUGAUGGCCAUCAACCCCCCCUCUGAGGAAAACCUGGUCCAGUUCUCUAAGAAGGCAGCUGGUGCCCUGGCCAACGUCGACGCUGGCGCAGCUACAGGCGGAACGGUUGGGGAGAUACCGUUGGCAGAUGCAGCGUUUACUCCCGCUGAGGAAGAAGCUCCUCCUGCGCCCCCUGCAGAGAGUCCUCCUGCUGCAAGCCCUCCUACACCCUCUGCACCUUCAGCCCCUGCUCCCCCAGCUGAGACACCUUCGAGUACUCCUGGGGCCGCGGCUAUGGAAGCACAUCACCGCCUUGGAUAUUAG